CGCAAGUGUAUAUGCAUGACAUAUCCUCUGUAUUUGUUUGUAUUUCUACUGAGUGAUUGAAAUUAAAAACUGUAGUUUUGUUGACGAGCGACACACGAGAAAAUCUAUAGUUGUAGUAGUUGUCUUCUUGUUCGUUUUUCUUCUCUGAAGAUGGGGGAAGAAAAGAAAGGAAGUAUGGUGGAAAAUAGGAAGAGGAAAUUUGGGUCUCUAAGUUCUAUUUUCAUGCAUGCGGAUGGUGUAGAUUGGUUGUUGAUGACUCUGGGGUUCAUCGGAUCUGUUGGUGAUGGGUUCAGUACUCCUUUAAUUUUGCUUAUCACUAGUAAGUUGAUGAACAAUCUUGGUCAGGCCCCAAGCAUGACAUCUCAUAACUUUACUGAUAGCAUUAACAAGAAUGCGGUGACCUUGCUGUAUUUGGCAUGUGGGGCAUGGGUUGUUUGCUUUCUAGAGGGAUAUUGUUGGACAAGAACAGGAGAGAGACAGGCGACGAGAAUGAGAGCAAGAUACUUAAAAGCGGUUUUAAGACAAGAAGUUGCUUAUUUUGAUUUACAUGUAACCAGCACUGCUGAAGUCAUCACAAGUGUCUCCAAUGACAGCCUCGUUAUUCAAGAUGUCCUCAGUGAAAAGCUACCAAACUUUUUGAUGAACGCUUCAAUAUUCAUCGGGUGCUACCUGGUUGCAUUUGUGCUGCUAUGGAGAUUAGCGAUUGUUGGGUUUCCUUUUAUUCUGUUGCUAGUUAUACCUGGUUUGAUGUACGGUCGAGCUUUGAUGAGUAUUGCAAGAAAGAUGAGAGAUGAGUACAACACGGCUGGCUCCAUUGCAGAGCAGGCAAUAUCUUCUAUAAGGACGGUUUAUGCUUUCGUCGGUGAAAAUAAAACAAUUAUAGAGUUCUCUGAAGCUUUAAUGGGGUCUGUCAAGUUGGGACUCAGACAGGGUUUGGCUAAAGGUUUAGCCAUCGGAAGCAACGGCGUCGUUUUCGCCAUAUGGUCAUUCAUGUCUUAUUACGGUAGUCGAAUGGUCAUGUACCACGGUUCUCUGGGCGGGACUGUCUUCAUGGUCACCGCCGCUAUUGCCAUGGGCGGCCUGUCACUAGGGGGUGGAUUAUCGAACCUGAAGUACUUUUCUGAGGCAUGUUCGGCGGGUGAACGGAUAAUGGAAGUGAUAAAGAGAGUACCGAAGAUUGAUGCAGAGAACAUGGAAGGAGAAAUACUGGAAAACAUAACAGGGGAAGUGGAAUUCAAGAAUGUGGAAUUUGCAUAUCCGUCAAGACCAGAAAGUAUAAUCUUGAAAGAUUUUAGCCUGAGAAUUCCAGCAGGUAAAACAGUAGCAUUGGUGGGAGGGAGUGGAUCAGGCAAGUCGACAGUGAUAUCACUGUUGCAGAGAUUUUAUGAUCCACUACGAGGAGAUAUUCUUGUCGAUGGGGUGACCAUUGAUAAGUUGCAGGUGAAGUGGGUAAGGUCACAAAUGGGUUUGGUGAGUCAAGAACCAGCACUUUUUGCAACCACCAUUAAAGAAAAUAUCCUUUUUGGUAAGGAAGAUGCUACAAUGGAGGAGGUUAUUGAAGCUGCCAAAGCUUCUAAUGCUCAUAAUUUCAUUUGCCAGUUGCCACAGGGAUAUGAUACCCAGGUGGGGGAGAGAGGAGUGCAAAUGUCAGGAGGACAAAAACAGAGAAUCGCCAUAGCUCGAGCGAUAAUCAAAGCACCAAGAAUCCUUCUCCUUGACGAGGCCACGAGCGCAUUAGACUCCGAAUCCGAAAGAAUCGUCCAAGAUGCUCUCGACAAUGCCGCCGUCGGCCGCACUACCAUCAUCAUCGCUCACCGGCUCUCCACCAUCCGCAACGCCGACCUCAUCGCCGUCGUCCAGUCCGGCCAAGUCAUGGAAACCGGUUCCCAUCACGACCUCAUGCAGCAACCAAACGGCCUCUACACUACCCUCGUCCGCUUACAGAAUCAAACCCUUAACGAACCUGACCAGCCCAUUAAUCCUUCGUCUAUAACAAACACAGACGCAAACAAUACCAGCAGCCGGAGACUGUCUUUGGUUAGCCGGUCAAGCUCGGCGAACUCGUUCGCUCAUAGCCGACGUUCUCUGGGUGACGCAGACGAAGAUACGAGUCGGCGACAUGAAAAAUUCCCUGCAGUCUCUUUCAGGAGAUUACUGGCGUUGAAUCUGCCAGAGUGGAAACAAGCGUCGUUGGGCUGCGUGAGCGCUGUCUUAUUCGGCGCAGUGCAGCCGGUGUAUGCGUUCUCGUUGGGAUCCAUGUUGUCGGUGUAUUUCUUGACGGAUCAUGAUGAGAUCAAGGAGAAGACGAGGAUUUACGCACUGUUUUUUGCAGGGUUGGCGGUAUUUUCACUUGUAGUCAACAUCAGUCAGCAUUACAAUUUCGCGUACAUGGGUGAGUACUUGACAAAGAGAAUCAGGGAAAGGAUGCUGUCUAAGAUUUUGACUUUUGAAGUUGGCUGGUUCGAUCAAGACGAGAACUCAAGUGGUGCCAUUUGCUCUAGACUCGCCAAAGAUGCGAACAUGGUGAGAUCUUUAGUGGGAGAUCGCAUGGCGCUUCUUGUGCAAACCAUUUCAGCUGUAACCAUAGCUUGCACUAUGGGCCUGGUCAUUGCAUGGAAGCUAGCCAUUGUCAUGAUAGCAGUGCAACCCUUGAUAAUUGCUUGCUUUUAUACUCGUCGUGUUUUACUCAAGAGCAUGUCUAGAAAGGCUAUCAAAGCUCAAGAUGAAAGCAGUAAACUUGCCGCUGAGGCAGUCUCCAACCUUCGAACAAUCACUGCUUUCUCAUCACAAGAUCGAAUUCUCAAAAUGCUUGAAAAAGCCCAAGAAGGGCCAAGAAGAGAAAGCAUUCGACAAUCAUGGUAUGCUGGCAUUGGGCUUGGUUUCUCUCAAAGCCUUACAUCAUGCACUUGGGCCUUAGACUUUUGGUAUGGUGCUAAACUCAUGGCCCAAGGCUUCAUCACUGCUAAGGCCUUAUUUCAGACCUUUAUGAUCUUGGUGAGCACUGGUCGGGUCAUUGCCGAUGCUGGAAGCAUGACUACUGAUUUAGCCAAAGGCUCAGAAUCCAUAGGAUCAGUUUUUGCAGUAUUAGAUCGAUAUACGAACAUUGAACCAGAAGACCCAGAAGGCCAUCAACCUGAAAAGAUAAUUGGCCACAUCGAGCUACGUGAUGUUGACUUUGCAUACCCGUCUCGACCUAAUGUUAUGAUCUUUAAGAACUUUUCCAUCAAAAUUGAAGCAGGCAAAUCAACAGCAUUGGUGGGUCAAAGUGGGUCUGGCAAAUCAACAAUCAUUGGCUUAAUUGAGAGAUUUUAUGAUCCACUAAAAGGAAUAGUGAAAAUUGAUGGUAAAGACAUCAAGAUAUAUCAUCUAAGGGCAUUAAGGAAACAUAUUGCAUUAGUAAGCCAAGAGCCCACACUAUUUGCUGGCACUAUAAAGGAAAACAUCACUUACAGUAUGUCCAACAAAAUGGAUGAAUCAGAGAUCAUCGAGGCUGCAAAAGCAGCCAAUGCUCAUGAUUUCAUUUCAUCAUUAAAAGAUGGUUAUGAUACAUGGUGUGGGGAUAGAGGAGUGCAAUUAUCAGGAGGCCAGAAACAACGAAUUGCAAUAGCUCGUGCAAUACUACGAAAUCCAAUGAUUUUAUUGCUAGACGAGGCCACAAGUGCACUUGAUAGCCAAUCAGAGAAAGUGGUACAAGAUGCGUUAGAGCGUGUGAUGGUGGGGAGAACUAGCGUGGUGGUGGCCCAUAGGUUAAGUACCAUUCAAAAUUGUGAUUUAAUUGCUGUUUUGGACAAAGGGAAAGUUGUGGAGAAAGGGACUCACUCAUCUUUAAUGGCCAAGGGGCCAAAAGGAGCAUAUCACUCAUUGGUCUGUCUUCAAAGAACACACAAUACUACUCACACUUUUAACUAA